GUUGGCUUUUGUUUCUUGACCAACCAGUGGUCCUGGACCUCGGCCAAGGAUGUGCUCAUUGGGGCCGACUCGGCCCGCGCCGCCAUCACCUUCAGCUUCUUCUCCAUCUUUUCCUGGGGCCUCCUGAUCGCCUUCGCUUACAAGAGGUACAAAAUGGGGGUGGAGGACUUUGUUCAGAGCUACAUUGACCCCACUCCAGAGGUUUCGGCUCCCUACUCCAGCUACCCCAACAUCAGCCACGAGAGCUACCAGCAGCCGCCCUUCACCCAGACGGCGGAAGGCCCGGAGGGCUACCAGCCCCCGCCGGUGUACUGA